CAUGUGCAUUACAACACAGUUAGAAUAUGUCUGUGUUUUUCUGAUGCCCGAGGCUUCCCAAUCAACCCUAAUGGAGUCCUCGUCAGGAACAGGGAACCAGGGCCCCCAGCUCUUGUAUUCUACAUUUGGGGCUUCAGCAGAACAAGACAACUCGCACAUGUACCGAGAGACCCCGUCCUCUCCAGGUUUCCGGCAGCACCGGAGCAGAGGCGGGAGGAGCCACAGGCUCGCCUGGGGGGAGGUCCUAGGCCGGAAUCCGCACGGGCUGCCCAAUCACCAUUUUCCAGUGAACCAUCAACCUCGAUCCCAGGGGAGGCCGGAAUAUUGGGGGCAAGAGGUGGAGAGAGAGCUAGAGAAUGGCAGGGUGCAGAGGAGGAGGGAGUCGCACGCCACUCGCGCUCCAAUCUUGAGAGAUGGUGGGAGGAGCCAAAGUGAAUGGGCCAAUCCUGGGGUGGGGGUGGAGCUCUGGGGUGACCGCCACUACCACUCCCUACCUCAGAAAUGGCGUCUGGAGGCGAAGCUGCAGGGGUCACAGGAGAGCAGGGGGAUUCCUCAGUGGGUGGAGAGAAGGGGAAAUAAGAGCCAGCAGGGGGCGCCGUGUCCAAGAGAAUAUCAUCACCUGAGAGGGGUUAGGCACCUGGAGGAGAAACAGCCUGCAAUUUCCUAUGGUGUGUCUCAAACCCAGAAGAGACCAUGCAGGGAGGAGAGAAACUCCCACAGAGUCAUAUUUGGCCAACCCCCCUCUUAUGUGUCACCACCACCCUACAGCGCCCCUCACAGGACUCUGGUGGGAAUGCAGCAGCCUCAGAAAUGACCUGCUGUGGGAUCUACCUGGGACACAAAGGCUCACAUACUGCAAAUGUCAAUUUUCAUUUUAUGUCAAUAAAGAAAAGUGUUUUGCCUCUUGAACUGUAAAAACAAAUUCUAUGUUUUGUCCCUUAAUUACAAAUAUGAAAUAUGUAGGCGUUGUUACCCUGACCAAGCGCAUUUGGUUAAAUAUGUAAUUAACUGAUUUUUUCAAAGGCUGAGAAAGGCUCAUAACUAGUUUAUAUUACCAUGCCAGAAUAUCUCUCUCCAACGUGCUGACACGUUCUUGGAUAUAAAUAAGAACGACUGGAUGCAGCAGUUUUUUUUCUUACUUUACUGCUGAGUAGUGUUGUCAGGUCACUGUAAAUCUGUUGGAUCUUCCUAUCGGGGGUUAUAAUCCCUUUACAAAGCGACUUUGCCCCUAAACAUAAAUUAGUCAGACCGCACUCGAGAUAAUAACCAUGUCACAUUAAACCAAGAAGUGGUUGUAACGGCCAUUCAGCAUUUAUUAUCGUUACAUUAAAAAAAUGGGAGAAUGGAAGUGACGUGUUUUUAUGAAUGGAGCGUUUAAGGACACGGAGAAUAUUCAAUAUAAUCGGAACAGGUGUGAAGCAUCGUGAGUGAAGGGUGCUCGAAGACUGGAAAGGAUACUGUUUUUGUCAGCGCUUUACUUCGAUUUAUCCAGCAAAUAUAACCACUACAUAUGCUUCAACCAAAUGCACUAUAGGCCCAUGCUUAACAAUUAUUUUUCUUCCCUUUCUAUUUAUGUACCCAGUUGCAAGGCUUGUGGUGAAACAAUGUCGCCUAAAGUGUUUUUAAAAAAAGAAAAAAGAAAACCCAACCAAAGGAGAAAUAAUGUUAAUCGCUUAGCCUAUAUCCUAAAUAUUCCAGAAGCAACAUACCGGUGCUAAGAAAGAGUGCAAACUAUCAUUCAGUUUCUUUGAGGUUCUAUCAGGUUUCCAAAUCACAUUUGGAACAAAAAAACGUGAAUGAGGAGUUACUGCUCCGAAUAUCGAACAAAAUGUGAGUGAUCGCAUUAUUACUUUCCACCGGUUAUGCUACGUUUCAGAUAGCGAGUAGCUUAGUAUUAUCAUAAACUUCAGUAGUAGGCCUAUAGCCUAUUCAAGCUAGCCGUUUAAGUUGACUAAUGAUGUUAUUAAGGACGAAAGUAUGACUUAUGUAUUACAAACAUUUAACAUAUGUUUUACAGUAUUUCCUGCUCCGUUUUUAAUUGGGUGAGACUAGGCAACAAACUUGUGAAUGACAUGUAAUAGCAACCAAUAAUGAGAGAGUGGGGUGUGUUCGAAGAGCUGCGUUACCAUUUUUUACAGUCCGGUGGUAUGCAUCUGUUAUACUGAUACCUACCAUUACUACACUCUGAAGGCAUAUUGCCGGAACACAUCGGUGAUUAAAAUAAUAAUAAUAAUAAUUGCAUGGAGAGAAGUGUGCGAUAUAAUUGUUUUUACCAUUAAUCAGCUGUCUUGUGUGCGUUCUCACUACUUUUUUAUUGACAUAUCUGAGCAACCAAUAAUGGGAGAGGGGGGUGUGUUUGAAGAGCCGCGUUACAUUUUUACUGUCCGGUUAUAUGUGCAUGCAGGCAUGGUGGAAGGCGAUGUGUCGCGUAGUAGUAGCUAGUUGCUGGACAUUUGGUAAAUUAUUCAUGCGAUUUUGGAAUCGUUUAUCAUUUCACCAUUGACAAUUGAAUUGUUAUCUAUUCAUGCACAGGAAGCGCUGCUAGGCAGGGCGUCCGCCCCCAGGAACAUUACCGUCUGCCCCCUGCCCCCCCCCCCCCAGUGCCAUGGCAACAGAGCAGGAAGUGGAGCUGUCGGAAGGUAGUCUUUCUCAGGAGAAUGGCAUCUGGUCCACACACUUACAGAAUGAUGAAACUCCGCCCCCAGGCCACUCAGAAUCACCAAAUCAGCUCUUCUCCACCUACUUUGAGGAGAAGGUCCCCAUUCCAGAGGAGAGCAGUGGGACGGGGUUCAGUUUUCGGAAGCUGUGGGCGUUCACCGGACCCGGGUUCCUGAUGAGCAUCGCCUACCUGGACCCGGGGAACAUCGAGUCGGACCUGCAGUCCGGGGCCAAGGCAGAGUUCAAGCUCCUGUGGGUGCUCCUGGUGUCCACCGUCAUCGGGCUCCUGCUGCAGCGGCUGGCGGCCCGGCUGGGCGUGGUCACGGCCAUGCACCUGGCCGAGAUGUGCAAUCGGCAGUACCGCGCCGUGCCGCGUAUAAUCCUGUGGCUGAUGGUGGAGCUGGCCAUCAUUGGCUCCGACAUGCAGGAGGUCAUCGGCUGCGCCAUCGCCUUCAGCCUCCUCUCCGCUGGCAGGAUCCCGCUCUGGGGAGGCGUCCUCAUCACCAUCAUCGAUACCUUCGUCUUCCUGUUCCUGGACAAGUACGGUCUCAGGAAGCUGGAGGCCUUUUUUGGUUUUCUCAUCACAAUCAUGGCCAUCACCUUUGGAUAUGAGUACGUGACGGUGAGGCCGGACCAGGGGAAGCUGCUGACGGGCAUGUUCGUGCCGUACUGCCAGGGCUGCGGCCCCGUGCAGCUGCAGCAGGCCGUGGGCGUCGUGGGCGCCGUCAUCAUGCCGCACAACAUCUACCUGCACUCUGCGCUCGUCAAGUCCCGGGAGAUCGACCGCUCCUGCAAGGAGAAGGUGAAGGAGGCCAACAAGUACUUCUUCAUCGAGUCGGCCAUCGCCCUGUUCCUCUCCUUCCUCAUCAACGUCUUCGUGGUGGCCGUGUUUGCCGAGGCCAUCUUCGGACGCAGGAAUUCUGAAGUGAAUGAGAUCUGCAACCAGACGGGCGGUCUGCACAUGGACCUGUUCCCCCAGAAUAACGAGACGCUGCAGGUGGACAUCUACAAAGGGGGCUUGGUGCUGGGCUGUUUCUUCGGGCCGGCGGCGCUGUACAUUUGGGCGGUGGGGAUCCUGGCGGCGGGACAGAGCUCCACCAUGACGGGGACGUACUCGGGGCAGUUUGUGAUGGAGGGUUUUCUGAAUCUGCGCUGGUCCCGUUUCGCCAGAGUGCUGCUCACCCGCUCCAUCGCCAUCACCCCCACCCUGCUGGUGGCCAUCUUUCAGGAUGUACAGCACCUGACCGGGAUGAAUGACUUCCUCAACGUGCUGCAGAGCAUGCAGUUGCCAUUUGCUUUGAUCCCGAUCCUGACGUUCACCAGCCUGCCCUCCGUGAUGGGUGAAUUCGCCAACGGCCUAGUGUGGAAGAUCGGCGGCGGCGUGGUCGUCCUGGUGGUCUGCGCCAUCAACAUGUACUUUGUGGUGGUGUACGUCUCCGCGCUGGACAGCGUGUGGCUGUACGUGCUGGCCGCCUUCCUCUCCGUCGCCUACCUGGGCUUCGUGGGCUACCUGGCCUGGCUGUGUCUGAUUGCCCUGGGUGUUUCCUGUGUGGACAUCAGUGGCAGGGUGUGUUGGGGUCUGGGGAGACACACGGAAACGCACCUGCUGAACGACAUGGAUGGCAGCGGGCCUGCGGAAAGGUAGAAGGAAGUCUGGGGCAGCGAAGGAGAGAAGAAAAGAAGGGAGCAAGAGACGAGAAGAAAGCUCUCCGUCAUGCUGCUCUACUUGAGUGUACCUUUAUCACCAGGUGUACGCGGCCUCUCUCAUUAUAGCCCUUUCCCACUGUAGAGCUGAACCAGGCUGGCUCAUUAUACCCUUUCCCACUAUAGAGCUGAACCAGGCUGGCUCAUUAUAGCCCUUUC